CUCCUCCCUAUCAGCAAUCGCAUACCUCGAGCAGGCAGAGGUGCAGGGGUGCGGAGCUGCUGCUGCUGUAGUAGUAAGCGGCCAGCAGGCGAGUGGGUGACACCGUCAACGAUCACACGGAAGAGAGAGGAGCCGCUGAGAACACGCUCACCACACAAACACGGCAAGACAGGACUGUCCGCUCCACAUCACACAUUCAUGGCGCUGUGCAACGGGGAGAGCAAGCUGGAUAUCAUCGGAGAGCCUAAAGAUGGUUUAUGUUCCUACGAGGGUGCCGUGGUGAUCCUAGAUGCAGGAGCACAGUAUGGGAAAGUGAUUGACAGGCGGGUACGAGAGCUGUUUGUCCAGUCUGAGAUUCUGCCUUUGGAGACGCCAGCCUUCGCCAUCAGAGAGCAGGGUUUCAGGGCCAUUAUUAUAUCCGGAGGGCCAAACUCUGUCUAUGCUGAAGAUGCACCCUGGUUUGAUCCAGCCAUAUUCACCAUCGGAAAACCAGUUCUUGGUAUCUGCUAUGGAAUGCAGAUGAUGAAUAAAGUUUUUGGAGGCACAGUACACAGGAAGAGUGUGAGGGAGGACGGUGUUUUCAGCAUUGCGUUGGACAAUUCCUGCUCGCUCUUCAGGGGGCUGCAAAAGGAGGAGCAUGUUCUGCUGACACAUGGAGACAGUGUUGACAAAGUAGCAGAUGGUUUCAAAGUUGUUGCACAGUCAGGAAACAUUGUCGCCGCCAUUGCUAAUGAGCAGAAGAAACUUUACGGCACUCAGUUUCAUCCAGAGGUCGAUCUGACUGAGAGGGGGAUGGACAUGCUACGCAACUUCCUCUUUGAGAUUGCUGGCUGUAGCAGCAACUUUACAGUACAGAACCGUCAGCUGAACUGCAUCAGUGAGAUCAGAGAGAAGGUGGACAAAUCCAAAGUUCUGGUGUUGUUGAGUGGUGGUGUAGAUUCCACUGUGUGCACAGCCCUGCUGAAUAAAGCCCUAAAUCAGGAGCAAGUGAUUGCUGUUCACAUCGACAACGGCUUCAUGAGAAAGAGAGAGAGUCAGAGUGUUGAGGAAGCAUUGACUAAACUCGGCAUCAAACUCAAAGUGGUAAACGCAGCGCACACCUUUUACAACGGCACAACAACCCUUCCAAUAUCAGAAGAGGAUCGCACACCCAGAAAACGCAUCAGCAAAACGCUUAACAUGACCACCAAUCCAGAAGAGAAACGGAAGAUCAUUGGGGAUACGUUUGUAAAAGUUGCAAAUGAAGUGAUCGGAGAGAUGAAUCUGAAGCCAGAGGAUGUGUUCUUGGCGCAAGGCACGCUCAGGCCAGACCUUAUUGAGAGUGCAUCUCACCUGGCUAGCGGGAAGGCAGAAGUUAUCAAAACACACCACAACGACACAGAACUUAUCCGCAAACUCAGAGACGAGGGUAAAGUAAUCGAACCACUGAAGGAUUUCCAUAAGGACGAAGUGAGAGCACUAGGUCGAGAGCUGGGGCUCCCUGAAGAGAUCGUCUCCCGACAUCCCUUCCCUGGUCCAGGCCUUGCCAUCAGAGUGAUCUGCGCUGAUGAGCCUUACAUCUGUAAAGACUUCGCCGAGACCAACAACAUCCUGAAAAUCAUCACAGACUUCUCUGCCAGUGUCAAAAAGCCACACACCCUUCUUCAGAGAGUGAAGUCAUGCAUAUCAGAUGAGGAGGAAGAGAAACUCAUGCAGAUCACCAGCCUUCAUUCACUGAAUGCCUUUCUGCUGCCAAUUAAAACUGUCGGUGUCCAGGGUGACUCCCGGUCAUACAGUUAUGUUUGUGGGGUGAGCAGUAAAGAGGCCCCUCACUGGGAUUCACUGAUGUUCCUGGCCAGACUCAUCCCUCGGAUCUGUCACUCCAUCAACAGAGUUGUUUAUGUUUUCGGAUCACACGUAAAGGAGCCGCCCACAGACAUCACGCCCACCUUCCUGACCACUGGUGUACUCAGCACGCUAAGACAGGCAGACUUUGUAGCACACUCCAUUUUAAGAGAGUCCGGUAAGAGCUGGCUGCGUCUGCUGUCUGCUUCAUUAUUGUCUUAACCUUUAUGUGUGUAAACACUACCACCACAGCUAUGGCUACUGCGAGAGCUGUGUAAACACUUUCACCACACAUACGUCUCUGAGGGGGAAAUCUGCUUGGUUGGACAACAUUAGUCAAAUGUUAGCAAAUGUUACUGUUGUAAGACUUUAAUUUCUGUUGUUUAUACAGUUUUAACUGUUUGAAUGUUUUGUCUAACUCAACCUUUUGCAACUCAUGGCCCACCAAUGACUG